AUGUCCGGGAAACAGCUAUGGCAUAAAUUAACAACCCCAUUCCGAAACCUCACCAAACAAGAACGUAUAGUCCAAUCAAUCCGACUAUUCACCAGUUUUUCCACCAUAAUCUUCAUCCUCCUAACUUUAUUAAUCCCCUUAUCCAAUGAUCGAGCAUACAUGUCAAGAAUAAAUUGUGCCCAUUUAGACCUUGCCGAUGGAUUAUAUAAAACCUUACGAAAUUCCAUCACCGCGCCCGUAAAAGUCCAAGAAAUGACGGGUGGGACCUAUGAAUUACUGGGACAUUCCAUCACGACGUCUGAAUUGGCGAUAUUGACCCAAUAUGCCCAAGAGAAUGUUGCUUAUGCUCCUCAGUUUAUUACUACUUCGUUGUGGAGUUAUUGUUUUGGGUAUUAUGAUACAUAUGAGGAAACUAAUAAGGAUGGGGAAGUUGUUGUUAAAAAGAAGAAUCAAUCGUUGGUAUGUCAGGAUUUGGUAUAUACUUUUGAUUAUAGAGGUGUAUUGACACAAGCGGGAUUGGAAAUUAUUAUUGCGUAUGCAUAUGACAAUGCUGAUGAAGAUACUGAUCAAGAAGAUCAAGAAGAUCAGGAUUAUGAAAAUAAGGUUGCCUCUAGACAUCAUAGGUUUAUAAUGGUGAGGAAUUCAAUCAUAUUUGCAUGUGUUUCUCAAUUAAUAGUAUUAGGGGUAUCAUUAGUGGUUUAUGGAAAUAGAAAUGGUGAGCAAGAUUUAUCCAAAACUCCGAGAAUCUUGCUACAUGUGAUUGGAUUAUUUUCAUUAGCAUCAUUUGCAAGUAUAAUGAUAGGACUGGGAUUAGUGACAAGAUUAUUAGUAAUUACAAAACAAGAAGUCAAAUCAAAGUUAUCCGAUUUUGGAAUUGUUUAUUAUUUUGGUAAAACUUGGUUUGGAUUAAUUUGGUCAUCGACAUUAUUUGCUUUGUUGUCAAUGUGUACUUGGGCAUUACCAUUAUGGUGUGCCAAUCCUGAAUUCCCCCUGGAAGAUUAUGAUGAUUAUGAAGAUCAAGAAUUCAUAUUUCAUCCGAAACAACGAAAAACAACCACAAGCUUCCUCCCACCAACAGCAUCACAAUCUCUUAAGGCUAAAUUUCCAAAAUUCAGAAAACAUAAAUCAUAUAUUCGAAUCCCAGGUCCUGUUGCCAACGAACAGCAUCAACAACAAACUAGAUUUCAACCUCGUCCAAGUAUUGAAAAUGAAGAUGAAUUACGUAAAUUAGGUGAAAAAUUAUCUAAAUCGGCCUCGGUCCGUCGUACAAAUACAAAAUCAAGUCAUAAACAAUUAAAUAACCCCCCAAUCCAAAAUCCAUUCUUAGAUGAGAAUAAUACCACAAAACAUAAAUUCUAUCAAGAAGAGAUAUAUGAUGGAUAUGCAUCGAAUAAUAGUUCGAUAUUUGAAGGUAGAAGACGAGCAAAUACCGGUGAAUCGAUUCCAUUACAUAAUAUGGAUAAGAAGGGAGGAACUCCAAUUGAAGAGAGAACGACAAGAAGUAAUAGUGAUGAUGAUGAUAAUAGAUCAUAUUUAGAAGAUGAUGAGAUGGAAGUUUUAGAUAAUCUGAUGUUUAAACUUGUAUAA